AUGUGGAAUCUUGGGUCCAGUUCGUCGUGGGGUCGAGCUGUAUCAGCUAAGUUGGGGACAUGGGGAAGUAGAGAGCAGAAUAGAGACUGGAGAUUUUCCGUUAGUAUGGAUCGCCCUUCCGUCUGUCCUCGUUCCGAUUCGAGUGCGUAUGCGUGGAAUGCGUGGGCGCGGCUAAUAAGCCCGGAGGGCGUGGAUAACGGAGAGGACCCUAAGAGCGUGGAUAUAGACGUGGCCGUGGUGGACGACGAGGGUGAGGGGGAUGAUACUGCUCUUUUGCAGGUUCCGAGGUCCAAGGUUACGGUUGCCAAGUUUGAUGCCAACCAGUUGCCAGGCGGGCUCAUCAGUGAACGGCGUAGUGCCAUGGGACAGAAAGGCGGAAAUCUCGCACCUCUUUCUGAUCUCCCCACAGAAUUGAAAAGACUAUCGCAAUUUCACCACAACUCACCCGAUGUCAUUAUUCAACAAUCAAAUCCAUCCCUCUGGCCGCCAAACGUUACUCUACCCAUAGGCACCGUGCUACCAAAGACGAUCAUGGAAGUGAAUGUCUUGCCUCCUGAUCACGGCUUGCGGAAGGAACCGACAAAGAAAAUAUCCUCAUCACCGACCGCGGCUCAUGCAGUACGCAUUGAACCCCCAUCACGACCCAAGACUGAGCUGGAAGAGGCAAAUAGUUAUCCAGUUGAUGCAAACGGAAAAGGAUGUGCUCCAAAGCAGCCGAGACGCCGUCGCAGUGCCUUCGUGACAGACAAGGCUCUCGAGCACUUAUCCCAAAACGACCCGCUCGCCGAAUUUGAUCGUAUACAUGAAGGCAUCGUGGGCAUUAAGAGAUACUUUACGCUGCCCACCGUCCUCGAACCAAGCAAGAAGUUGGUUUCAAGAUUGAAUAAGUUUAACAAACGUCGCGAUGAAGAUGUGUUCAAGGGGAUAUGUUUGGAAGACUGGGAGCUCGAACAGGAAGUGGACAAAUGCAACAGCGCGCUACAAGCCGUGCGAAAGGAAAUACAAUCUGCGCUCAGGGCAGUCGUGGAAGAGUUCUUUCUUGUUCGUGGACCGCUACCGGGUGAGCCAAAUCGGAACCUUAUCGUUGUACAGGAGAGCUUCAGGGUGUUGGAGGACUUGAGAGCUACGUUUCCUGAGGCUGUGGCUGAGUUUGGGAAGCAAGCUGGGCCGGCUGAUGGAGGAGGAGUUGCGGCUCCGCCGAAUUCUCGGGCUGAAUCACAACAACCCUCUCGACAGUUCCAUCCUCAUCAUGAUUUUCGCUUCCAACCAAAGAGAGCUCGGGCGGAUAGCGAAGAACCCCAAGAUCUGGAUGUGUGCGUCAAGAGGAGAAAAAUUUCUGAGAUUGGAUCACGGCAGAAGGCCCGAACAAACAGCGAGGAGUCGCAAGAUAAUACAGUGUGCAUCAAGAGGGAAAGGGUUCGUGAGACUUGUUGGUGA